CAAGUGUUCUACGGUUAUUAUCAAUGGAAAAUUGAUAUUAAACUUGUGUUUAUGGAUGGUGAUAAUCUCAAUUCAAUAUUCUAUUCGGUAUUCGCACAUUAUAAAAAUCCACCUAUAAACCGUUCUGUCGUCUGUAGUUCUAACUAUUUUAAGGGUCCACUUUAGACGUGUCAAUAGCUACUUUGAAUUAUGUCUACAAUUUUUGCUGCCAGACAAUUUUCCACUUCAGGUGUUUGCAAUCAUAUAAUGAAACUGACCCGUCUGCGGGUGGUCGACAACAGCACUAUUGGCAAGCAAGCGAUGGCUGAAGGUAAACCCCCACGUUGCAUACACGUUUAUAAUAAGAAAGGUAUCGGCACAAUUGGUGACAAAAUACUGGUUGCCAUCAAGGGUGAAAAAGUUAAAGCUAUCAUUGUUGGCUGCGUUAAGGAACAAAAACCCAAUAUUCCCAGGUUUGAUAGCAACAAUAUAGUAUUGAUUGACGAUAAUGGCACACCACUUGGAACUCGUAUUAAUGUCCCCAUUCCAAUCGUUCUUAGAACUAUAUUAAAAGAAAAAACUUUCUCAAAAGGAGCUGAUUACACUAAGUUGUUGGCUAUCGCUUCAAAUUAUGUAUAAUUAUUAGUGAUAAGUAUAUUAUAUAUAUAUAUAUAUAUAAAAAAUUUAGUUGUAUAUUUUUCCAAUGUAAUUUAUGUACUGUGAGAAUAAAAAUGUAUUAGAAAAUAGAAA